AUGUGUGAACCGAAGUUGCUCCAUAGACUUCCCUUGAGAGUUGUGCUGUUGUUGUGCUCAUUGGUGGCUCUAUCGUCAAUAAUUACAGCGGAUGUAGUCCAAACAACAAAGCCUGGAUGCGUGAACAGAUGUGGCAACCUCACCUUCGCGUACCCAUUUGGGACGAACAACGCCGGCAAUGACUGCUACUUCAAAGAAUCAAACUCUUUCCUCAUCUUUUGCGACAACUCGACUGAUACUCCCACUCCUUAUAUGUCCGAUAGAGACUCUAAUCUCCAAAUACUCAAUAUAUCUUUUGAGAAUCACGAGAUUAGUGUAACAAUGUUUGUAGCCAAAGAUUGUUAUAAUUCGUCUGGCGGAUCCUUGUACAACAAUAAUCCUUCGCUCAUUAUUCCCGAUUUCCCCAUAUCUUCUGCCAAGAACAAAUUUAUCGCCGUGGGAUGCGACACGUACGCAACCUUCAGCGGCCGACAAGGAAGCACGUAUGUGACGGGGUGCUUGUCCUCAUGCGAGAGCUUCUCAGACGUGAUUAAUGGGUCGUGCUCAGGCAUUGGUUGCUGCGAGACUAGCAUACCUCGAGACGCCUACCAAUACAACAUCUCUGUCAGUAGCUUCAAAAAUCAUGCCGGCAUCUGGGAAUUCAAUCCAUGCGGAUACGCUUUCGUUGCCGAAGACGGCUUCUUUAGCUUCUCCACGGACAAUCUGCACGAGCCGCCAUUUGAUAUGGUCCCUAUAGUUGUCGAUUGGUUAAUUCCAGAUCAAACAUGCGAUGAUGCAAAGAAGAAUACAACGACCUACAUGUGCCAAGAUAACUCCAAUUGUACAGAUGCUGAGAAUGGACACGGGUACCAGUGCCGCUGCUUGGAGGGUUUUCAAGGGAACCCCUAUCUACAAAAUGGUUGUCAAGGUACCUUCUCUGAUCUUUUCAUUAGACCAUCCGAACAAGUGUUCAUGUAA